GAGCCCCGAGCCAGCCCGGGUAGUGGGCGGGUGGCCCGCGGGUCUCGGGUUCCGGGAGGAGGGCGCCCCGCCACCUGCCGCCCGUCCCAUCCCCCCCGCCCCGCGCGCCGAGAGCGCCCGGAAGCGGACACUUCCCGCGUGCGCCCCGCGGAGCCGGGACCGUCGGGGCCGCGGCGCUCGGAGCUGACAUUUGUCCCUCCCGGCCCGCCGGUUCCGAGGUGCUGCAGCCCGUGGUAGCCUGGGCGCCUGAGCCGGAGGAAAGCCGGGACAGCCGCGCCCGGCAGAGGCUUCGGACCCGCGCCCGGAGCGCCAUGGCUGCGAAGCUGCUGCUUCUCCUCUGCCUGUUCUCGGGUUUACACGCUCGGUCCAGGAGGGUGGAGGAGGAUGAAAGUGAAGACUCUCCACCAAACCAGAAGUGGGUCUUGGCACCCCGAUCACAGGACACUGACGUGACGCUGAUUCUCAACAAAUUGCUGAGAGAAUAUGACAAAAAGCUGCGGCCGGACAUUGGAAUAAAGCCGACUGUGAUCGAUGUGGACAUUUAUGUGAACAGCAUAGGCCCUGUGUCAUCCAUAAACAUGGAAUACCAAAUUGAUAUCUUUUUUGCUCAGACCUGGACAGACAGCCGCCUUCGAUUCAACAGCACCAUGAAAAUCCUCACUCUGAACAGCAACAUGGUUGGUCUGAUAUGGAUCCCAGACACCAUCUUCCGAAACUCCAAGACUGCGGAGGCUCAUUGGAUCACCACACCCAACCAGCUCCUCAGAAUCUGGAAUGAUGGGAAAAUCCUGUACACGUUACGGCUCACCAUCAAUGCAGAGUGCCAGCUGCAGCUGCACAACUUCCCCAUGGAUGCGCACGCCUGCCCCCUGACCUUCUCUAGCUAUGGCUACCCCAAAGAAGAAAUGGUGUACCGCUGGAGGAAGAACUCGGUGGAGGCAGCCGACCAGAAGUCAUGGCGGCUCUAUCAGUUCGACUUCAUGGGCCUCCGAAACACGACGGAAAUCGUGACAACGUCUGCAGGUGAUUAUGUUGUCAUGACGAUCUACUUCGAACUGAGUCGAAGAAUGGGCUACUUCACCAUCCAGACGUAUAUCCCCUGCAUCCUGACUGUGGUUCUGUCCUGGGUGUCAUUUUGGAUCAAAAAAGAUGCGACACCAGCAAGGACCACAUUAGGCAUCACCACAGUGCUCACUAUGACCACGCUCAGCACCAUUGCCAGGAAGUCCCUUCCUCGGGUAUCCUACGUCACCGCCAUGGACCUCUUUGUCACCGUGUGCUUCCUGUUUGUCUUUGCCGCCCUGAUGGAGUACGCCACCCUCAACUACUAUUCCAGCUGUCGAAAGCCAGCCAUCAGGAAGAAGAAAGCAUCGUUAUUGCAUCCAGAUUCCACGAGAUGGAUUCCUGACCGAUUAAGCCUACAAGCACCCUCUAACUAUUCCCUCCUGGACAUGAGGCCUCCGCCACCAGUGAUGGUCACGCUAAACAAUUCCCUGUACUGGCAGGAGUUUGAGGACACCUGCGUCUAUGAGUGUCUAGAUGGCAAGGACUGCCAGAGCUUCUUCUGCUGCUAUGAGGAGUGCAAGUCGGGCUCAUGGAGGAGGGGGCGUAUCCACAUCGACGUCUCAGAACUGGACUCCUAUUCCCGGGUCUUCUUCCCCACGUCCUUCCUGCUCUUCAACCUGGUCUAUUGGGUGGGAUACCUGUAUCUUUAAGUGCUGCUCUGAGGAUGACUGGAGAGUACUUGAUUUACGUGUUUCCCUUCCCCCACUCUCAGACACGUAGUGACCAACCAAAACGUAGCAGGGAAGACACUACUCAAGUUUGUUAUGUUACCCUUUAGCAGCAUGGGAGGUACUCAGAAAGUAUUCUUUAUAAAUAUUUCACUCACAGACACUCACAUGUGCACACAUGCACACACACACAUACACACACACACACACACAGCAAUUGCAUUCUAAAGUGAUAUUCUUGCUAAUCCCCUCUUUGACCUGUAGUCUGAUAUGUAUGAAUGGUCUUGGAUAUUAGAAGCUGCCAGUUACCAUGCAGAGACCCCUGUAAGACAUGCAAAUGAAUAUCCAGAGGUCCCCUCAGGCCCUCACCCUUGUGUAUCUGCCCAUUGUGCUCGUUGGCACCAGUGCCUGUGUGUACAGCAUCUCCCUUACUGGAGACGCAUCCGUGCCAACCUCACUCCGAGAUCCAGCUUGAACCGCAGUCAGCUCCGGUCUCUUCGAUGAGGUCUGUCUGCUCAGGCGCUGCUGUGCCUAGCUAGCAACCCUCCUCCUAGCGCACUUCCUUUCUGCCUGGGAGGUGCUCAUAUGUAUCAGUCCCAAGUUUCCAUCUGUGGGGAAAAAAAAUGUGUCUUUUAAAACUUGUUGCUGAGAUCACAACUGCUGUUUGUCUCUAAAUCUCACAGCGUAGUAACUUUAUUAUAUCAGCUGGGUUUGUAUACUGGGCUCCUGGACCAGUCGUAUUUUAAGUCAGCGUUUCUGUAAGAGCUGUGUUUGACAGGACCAAGUCUAAGCCUCAGAUGAGGAGUGGAGCUUCCAUUAUUGUUUGGGGUUCAGUAACUGUCUUCAUCCUGCAAACAAAGACAAGCAACAUGGACAGGCCUUUGUUUUGAAACUAUAUUCCACAGUGUGAAAUAAUGUAGACAAGAAUUUAAUCGUGAGCAUUAACUAUUCAAGCCAAACCAACUUUAGAUGCAAAAAACAAUGGGUAAUGGUUAUCUUGAAUUACACAUUUUGAUGAGCAAAAAUUAUUUUAUACUUUGAAAUAUGGAUACAUAGCAAAAUCCCAAAGAAUGUCCUCCCCCAAGAUCAAUUCUCUUUUGAUAUUUUUGUAACACAAAACAUUUUGCUUCUUGGUAUUAGUUGUUUGCUAUGACCGGAUGCUCUUCAGGUCUGUGCACAUCAUUCUGUGACCCUUUUGAAGUGUCCCUCGGCACUCUUGAGCGAUAUCUCAGCAUGAUGACAGCGUUCACUGUAGAAUCCCUGUGUACUUUGCUCCCACAAAGCUGAACUAAUUUUAUUGAGAGUCACUCAGUUUCAGUUUCUAUUAUGUGUUCUGUCUGAUGACUUAGAAAAGGCAAAACAUUGACGGGGAAACCGAAACUAGGUAUUUUUGCUAAUUCUUUCUAAAACUGUUGUACAUGAUAGUUACUACAGAAGGCUCCAGACAGUUGACCUCUAGCUAGAAAAUUUAACUUAAAACUUAAUAAACACCUGUGGAGAAGAAGCUGAAGAUGAGGGCUUAAAUGGAAUUUCUCCUCCUUUGGGGGGAGUUUUGCAUACAGUGAGCUACUGUCUCUGAAACACCCACCUUUGGCAGGCCUGCUCUGGAGGUGCCCACAGUACUGAAGGUCAAGGCAAGGCAACACGUGCAACACUGAGUUUAGAAUUUCUAGUGAGAAUUUUAAAGCCGGGCGGUGGUGGCGCACGCCUUUAAUCCCAGCACUCGGGAGGCAGAGGCAGGCAGAUCUCUGGGAGUUCGAGGCCAGCCUGGUCUACAAGAGCUAGUUCCAGGACAGGCUCCAAAGCCACAGAGAAACCCUGUCUCCAAAAACAGAAACAAACAAAAAAAGACUUUUAACCUGUUACAUUUCAAAAGUUCUGGAGAAAACUAAACUUUCUAGUAAUUUUUUUUCUCAAGAAUUAAAACCUACAAGGAUUUACUGUGGUAGAACUGACUCCCUGCUAUCUUAGGACAACUCUGGAGUUGCCUCUUCUCUCAAAACCUGUCAACAUUUAGACUUUUCCAUGUAAGACUUACGUACCCGUAGCCAGUCAUUGUCUCCUGCCCAACCUUGGCAAUGCUGUUCGAAACACCGAAAAAGCCAGCUCAUGACCAGGAGCAUGCCAAAGCCUGUUUCUCAGUAAAAUUCAAUCAACUAUGUCAGCUCAAAUUUCCAGGAUAAACCAUUCUACUGCAUGGAACAGGGGAGAUGCUUGCCCAUUGCUCGGGGCAAAGCGGGGAGAUUUCAAACAUGAACUCCACGGAGAGUCUGGUGCACCCGGAGGAGGGAAGCAAUGUCUUUCUCCUCAGACACCAGCUCUCCUACUUGAUUAAGAGGAACCUGUGUACAGCUCCUGAGCUCAAGCCUGCUCUAGGCUGCCCCACCCCUCCAUUUCUUUUGCCUGUCGAGCUGUGGAACGCUUGGCCAGUGAUCUGAACGACCUGCUUUUCAAAGGUGCUACCGCAUCCCUUACUCCUAGAAGCACUCCAAAUGAGUAGGCUCUGUCUGAGCAAAGAUUCCAGCUUUCCAACCACUGUGGAUCAUACUGAAAACUGUGACCGUCUGUCCUUUAAUGUACGUCCUGGUUGAUGGAGAAAAACUAAAAAGUAUUUUCCCUACUAGAGGAAUGAAAGCAAAAUGUUUCUUCAAAGCCUGGACACUUUCACCAUGGGUGUCCCAGAUGCAGGGUAGAGGACAGUGUUAAUAAAUUUACUCUAGACCCAGCCAACACUGCCCCCAAUUUAUCCAACAUAUGCCUUAAAAUAAAAUGUAUAGCCCCCAACGUUUCCAUUUCCUACAGUAACCCGUAAUUCAUACUAAAUUUUACUGCUGUUUUUUAUUGCAUGAAUGAAAAUGGGAUGUCAUUUUUCAUAUGACAACCAGGCAUGCUCAUGUUCGCAUCAACUGAGUUAAUUGCAGACUUUUACGGGUUCUUCAUACGUGAAAACGCUUGUCCUUAACCACAAACCAUUCUCCAUUUCUAUGUGGGAACCUGAGGGUAAACGUCCACAGAACGGCCCUGGUCCAGGCUGUUUGACCUGGUAAUAAGCUGCUGCCGAUAAGCACGAUUAGAUGUGUGUUGCAGCUCUACACAGUGCCACAUCUGGAAAGAAUGGAAGCAAGGGACCAGUCAUACCAGAUCACAUCACAGCUAGGAAGCAGUGGUCCACUCUAUCCAAAGGGCUAGAAAACAAGACGAACAACACCUCUGCCUCCUUGGUCACUUCUAUCUCGGAUACCAAACUGAAAAUUGUAUUUGACACUUGAAGAAUUGCAGCUGGUCCCCAGAUACUGUGGUUCCAUUCUGUCAGUUCAGUGCCUGCGAGGCACCGAGCAUCUUGAAUCUGCUUGUGGGUUGGCACCUGUUUUUGAGUAUUUUUUUUCCCUCUUAGAAUUUAAAAACAUACAGGUUUCCAUAUUAAAAUAGCAUAGAGACUGGAGAAAAACAUAGUCUAUAACUAAGCAAGCAUUGAAAUGUUGAAUUCCAUUUAUACUGAUAGAUUGUUGAUUUGGAGCGUGAGAACACACUUGUAUGGAAAGGUGCUUGGGAAUAGGAAGGGAAGAACUGGAAUGCUAACACACAGCAAAGGGUCUUGUUCACAGUUUUCCCUGAGUUCCCUUGCAAUGGGCACCACAAAUGGCCCAUAGUAAACACUGGGUCUAAGGGUGUGCAGUACCAGGAUAAGCAUGGCCUAAGAACCGAAUGCUCAUGAAGCAGACAAGAUGAACAGUCCCAUCUCUGAUCCCUCACUGUCUUACCUUCCAUCGUAAACAUGGAGUCUAACGGGACACAGAGAAAGAAAGAAAGAAAGACCCUUGAUUUGCGAUGUUAUGGUAACACAGUCAUCAGUCCCAGAAUAAGAACUUGCUUUGCGCCGGGCGGUGGUGGUGCACGCCUUUAAUCCCAGCACUCGGGAGGCAGAGGCAGGAGGAUCUCUGUGAGUUCGAGACCAGCCUGGUCUACAAGAGCUAGUUCCAGGACAGGCUCCAAAACCACAGAGAAACCUUGUCUCGAAAAACCAAAAAAAAAAGAACUUGUUUUGUCUUUUAAAUAGUUUAUGGCAUUGAAGUCUUAAAGUUAGAAUGUUUCUGCUUCCCCCUUUUAAGAUGUCUUCAGUUUAUAAGAUAAUAACCCCAUGAUAAAAGCUUGAGCUAAUUCUGUGAAGGUUAAAAGAGAAGAUGGUUCUGAUUAUUUGCUUCCAACGUGUCUUUUAGUAGAAUGAUUCUUUGGUUCUAAUCGUCCCAGUAAGACUUUUUUAAACCUCUUUGUUACCUUUCCUGCAAUAAAAUCCCAGCCUUAAACCACCUUACAUAAAUCAGUGCGAAAAUCUGAAUUGAACUCUCAUUGGUUAUUAAAAAGUUUCCAUGCUUUGAGUUAACCAGGUGUCUCUAGAUAAUGUUAUAUAAGCUAGUAAAUAAUUAAACACACACACACACUCCACACCCAGAAUAAGGAAAGUUUGGUUGUUGUUUUGGCUAGAAGCUAAAGCAAAAGGGAGCUACAAAAGGUUAAGUUUAGUAAUUGAGGCAAAUGUAAAUUCUUUGCUUGGUCUAUUCAGUUAAGACCAGUUAAGACUACUUUAUCCCUUAACUCUUGACAGCUGUAAACAGUGCAGAGCUCUCCUGGCCCAAGGAACAGGCUGCAGGGGGUGAGUCAACAGUGGUUACUGUGGGGAGGAAAGACCUGUCUGUCUGCUCUGUAGUUUAAGCUGAGCAGAUUGGGGUUGGGGUUGGAGGGGAGAUUGACUUUCAACAACUAAACCUCUCAAACUGAGCUGGUCCCUGCUUCGUUUUGUUCUUUUCUAAAUAUUUAAAGAUGCUUCUUCCUAUCUUUGCCAAUAAGUGCAGUUUGCCUUGUGCAUCCAUGUAUUCUGAAUCUGUGAUUUCAACCACCAUCAAGAAUGUCCAACCCUAGCAUAUCUCCUGGUCAUUAUUACUGGCGUAGAAUUGUCUUUGGCAGUGUAAGCCACCUCAUGGUGAUUGAACGGGUGGGGAAGAAUUGCAUAGUGUCUGUGCAUACAAUGUACCACUGCAUUCAAGGGACUUGUGUAACUGAGGGUUCUUUUAUCCUGAGGGUUCCCAGGACAAGCCCCCUACAAAUUUGGGGGAAUGAAUGUAGUGUUUAUAUUUCCUCUAACAGGCUUAGAGCCAGAUAUCUCCUGGUUGCCCUGCCCACUAAAGUACCUUCUCAGUAAACGUAACAAAGCCAAUGCUCAUUUUCUUAAAUAUGCAUUUCUUAGAUCAGGUGCUUACAGCAUGGCUAUUUCAGUUCCCCGAGUACCAUCCAUCUCAAAAUUAUGAUAUUGUCAUUAGCUUCCAUUCACAAAAGAAAGUUCCCUUUUACCACGGAUCACUUUUUAAUAUACAAGACUUUAUAUAGUGAAUCCCAAAAUUACUUUAGGAAAAAAGACCUUUAACCCUAAGCUAUAGCUUUAUGAGCAUUGUGAGACUCAAUGUGGAAGUCAGAAAAGGUCAUGCAUGGCUGGAACAGAGGUGACAGGGGUCCACCUUCUGAUUUUCUCCCCAAACAGGCUGAGUUCUCAAUGUCUACGUAGGCUGCCUGGCAGAAUUGGGCGAGUCCUCCUGGCAAGGAUGAGCCUGAACCUACUAUACGAUCUCUCAGGACAGUUGGCUGGAUAGGCACUCAUAAGAGUCCUUGUCAACUGUCACAGGAGCGCAGACUAGCCUACAUCACUUUCUUACACAUCGACUUGGUGUCUUGGCUCACAGGAAUCUGCUGGGAAGAUUCUCCAGACUCAUCCUUUAAAAGUCUUCCCACUGUGGGAUUGGGAAGUGUCAGGAGCAAGGAAUGAGGGCUUUGCAAUAAUUAAUAAUUACUACAACAGAUUUUUAUCAAGAAUUGUUCAGAUUUUUAACAAGAAAGAUUUUUGUCAUUUUAUGUUUGUGUGAAGUCCCGCAAGACACAGAACCCCACAUUGGGAAGACCCAACUGCCCAACCCUCUGUCUAGCCUUGAUAGUCACAGAUGACAUCCAAUGAGCUGGCCACAUGGUUGCAGCGUUCCGCUUUCAGGGUCCUCUGGCAAAUUAAAACUAAAGAUGAAGAAGGAAGAUAAGAAACAAACAAUAUCUUCUUAAGAAACUGUCCCCAUGAUUAAAAACAGAAAAUGCCCAUAACUUUGAAGAGUGAACUUUCAUCUUGUCCGUCACAUACGCAGGAAGGGUGUGGCAUGACUUACACCAUGGUUCUUGUCCACAUCCUCACCUGUAGCUAUCAACGCAAUGCAAAGAUUUGGUGUCUUCUCUAAGCUAUCGCAGAAUUAGGCCAUAGAUCAAGAAAAAUGAUGACAAGCGUUUCAAAAGUUUAAUUUUCAUGUUAGAUCAGAGUCCAGAUUUUUGCUCUUUCCUUAGAAGUCCCUCCACCCCCUCUUCGAGCAUCUCCCAGCGCGUGAGGCGUGCCUGCCACUUGGCCUUUCUUCCCUUGUCACCUUUCUUCCUGUCAUUUUUGGUGGUUUCCUUCCAGAUAGCAUUUUAAUCGGCUAGGAAUGCUUUCUUUUUUCUCAUGCAGCGGCAUUUUUGGAAGCUGCCAGUUUCGUCGCCCAGAGAAACCACUACUCUGCCUCUAACCAUGUUCCUUGUGUCUAAGAGUUACUGUCCAGCAGUUCCUGUUACCAUUUUCUUUAGCUAUGGUCACUUUAAAUACAUAGUAGCGACGUGUUUACUAUUGUUUUCUUCUUUUUGUCUCUGGCUUAGAGUAAUGAUGGGAACACCCCCAAAGACUCAGUGGCCAAUUGUGCUAGUAAGCCACGUUUCCAUAGUGACAUGCUUGUGUAUAGAUACCGGUUGUCUUUACGAGCAGCACCUGGACUCAGCGAAGCUUUGCUUGUUUGUGUUUUCCAUGAAAGACUAGAAAUGUGGUGGUUUUCGGGUUCACAAUGACGGGGGAAUCUUGUGUUUACAUGCAGUGGCGUGUGUUUCUGUAUUUGUGUGUACAGCGGUAAAACUGGACAACUUAUUAAUGUGUGCGUUACUCUACCCAUCACCCCAAAUGUAGUUGAAACACAUAGGAGCACAGCUUCCUAGUGACAGCAUGUUAGUUUAGUGAGCCUCUGGUUAAGACAAACAGGAAACGGGGAAGAAGAGGAAAGGGAAAGAAGGGCCCAGAUAGAGUAAGAGACAAUCAUUGUAUUUUCCCAAAAUAUGGGAUCAAAUACUUUAAAAAAAAAAUCAAGAUGAGGUGCCUGACCAGAAGCCGAUGUGGAGAACAUGUAAGCACCCCAGAGUUGCUUGGGUGCCUUGGUUUUUAUUGUGCACUGUGGCCAGGUUUCUCUGAUGGGGUGAAAGUCCUCCUCAAUAGUUAGAUGGUACACUGAUGUUGGAGUGUUGAGAAGUCACGUAGUUGUUCACAGAUAAACCUAGGUAGGAUGGGAGCUGGCUGGAACCUUCAAAGCCUAGGUUUCAGCCACAGAGUAUUUAGGGCCGUUCUGUGAAGUAAAACAUGCAUGGUCCUGGGCCGUGUCUCAGGCAAAAAGAUGUGGGGUCUACUCUGUCUCCUCGGUGCUGCUGCAGCCUGUGGAGCCUACGGUGGGCCGAUCCCAGAAUCCCACUGCAUUGCAACAUCAGUUCUGAGCAAGGGAUGAGUGUAGAAGGAUUCGGCUGCCCUGCCCAAGUGCUGGCCCCUCAGAGAGGUAGGGUCGGGGUCAGAGGAUGGCCCCUCACGAGUGGCUUUCAAGAGCCCUGGGUGCUCUGUUGUCCCUGAGUGUCAUCCUCUCCACCAGAAAACGUGAGUCCCUGUACCCUGCAUCUCGUGGUGUCCUAGUGAAGCGAGGGCGCCCUUGUGCCCAACGUGCCUUGGCAACCCCGGCGGCACCGCGCCCUGCCUUGCACGUCGCGACCCCGCCGAGCCCUCAGGGCCAAGCCCAGCCAGAAGCCAGCUGAGCCUCGUGGCUGGGUUGCCCUCUGUAUUUGUAUUUGGAUUCCUAUGUUUGUACUUCUGAUACAAAUA